GUAAAACCGAUAGAUUACGGUCGAAGGAAAGGUGGCGAAGAUGGUGAUGCCUGUGAUCCUCGGGGGGAUUACCCAUGCUUUGAAUCUCAACAGCUGGGGCCGGGCUGGAAGGUUACUAGCAUCUUGCAGUGUUCCUCUUCUGUCAAAUAUCCAUACAAGCACAUCUCAGAGAACUAUUGGAAAAUGGGAAAAGAAAAACAGAAUAGUUUAUCCUCCUCAAAAACCAGAAGAAUCUCGAAGACCUGCGGAAAUAUACCACUGUCGAAGAGAGAUUAAAUACAGUAUGGAUAAGAUGUGGUAUCUGGCCAAGAUGAUACGAGGCAUGAACAUAGAUGAGGCACUAGCUCAGCUGGAAUUCAAUGAUAAAAAGGGAGCAAAGGUGAUCAAAGAGGUUCUUCUGGAAGCUCAAGAAAUGGCAGUGAGAAAACAUAAUGUAGAAUUUAAAUCCAACCUACAUAUUGCGCAAUCAUUUUCUGGAAAAGGCCACUAUCUAAAACGGAUUCGCUACCAUGGCAAAGGCAUGUUUGGCAUUAUGGACAAAGUCAAGUGUCACUACUUUGUGAAACUAGUAGAAGGCCCACCUCCACCUCCAGAGGCACCAAAGACUGGGUUUGAUCAAGCAAAAGAAUAUGUGCAACAGCUUCGUAACCGUACUAUUAUUAAUACGCUGUAAUAUAUUCCAUUCUAUGUAUGCUUUCUUCCUUUUUUGUAAAACAUGUUAAUAAAAUUCAUUUUAAGAAGAA